AGUCUUUGAUCCAGAGAGACGAACUGCAGUUUGGGUCACUAGGAGCACUGUAAACGGGCCCGUCCACCGUGGCUUGAGGUUAGGCUUCUGCCAUUUCUCAAGGUACACCUGAUCGCCUGGCUGGAAAGGGUGUUGUGGUCCCUCUAGUGGCGGCCGUUGCGUUGCCUGUAAAUGAGAAGAAAGAGAAGACAAGGCAGCCGCAAUGCCAACUACAUGUUGUUUCAGCAAUUCUUCUCCCCUGACAUGUAAGUCAGAUACAUCAGCAGAUAGAGGAUUUAGAGAACACACUCUCCCAUACAGAGCUUCAAAUGGUGAGAGCCCACUACGCCCCCGCGGUGUGAUGUGCAUGCGAAAAAGGGUCAGAGGCAAGGCGUCUGGCCAUUUUAGCGAUAGUUCUUGACAUAUCUUCCUCAGGGGUGUCUUCAAGAUCCUAUUUGAGGCCUCUACUCUCCCGGAAGAAGUGGGCCGCCAAGGUGUAUGUAAAUGAUAGCGAAUUCCCAAAUGUCCCGACCCCCAGUUUUGGAAACAUUUUUUGCUUUAGUAGAAUCCUACAGUUUGUUCCAAAUUCUGCUUCUAAUACAUGCCUUAUAAGUGUGUUGUAUGCAAUGCAACUGGCCCGUGACAAAGAGACACAAAUUACCAUGCACUGUGGCAAUAAUAUGGAAAUAAAGGCUAAUUUGGGAGUAGCUCAGAGUGUGAGCAUCUCUGGUAAUAAGCAAGCUUCAGCUCUGGCCGCCUAGACGGAAGUCUUGGCAGGCCCGGACAGAUGACUUCAGCACCGUGCAGCAAACUCGUUACACCUGAUUAUCAAGUCUCACUUUUGGAACUUGGGAGUUCCCAGUUGCCAAGCACACUCAGAUAUCCCGGCACUGAGACAGCAUCUCACAGUGUUUUUGUUUGGUUUUCUGGGGGUGACAGAGGCAUUGUGUAUUCACAGAAUAGAUGAAGCGUGUGACCAUGAAAGCAAUGCUUGCUGCUUUUUUCCCUUUCUUUGAGAAACUCCUUGGAAGAGCAAAGCCACGUUCUGUUUGAGAAAUUCUCGUCAAGGGAUGGACCAAUUCAUCAGGAAGCACCUGGCUUUCCUUAACACUUUCUGGAACAAAUUUUUGCCCAGCGGCAGUCCAGAUAACCAAUCACUGGAUUUCUGGGAGCCAGUCCCAGGAUCUUUACAUCCCACCCUGGAGCCGGACCCUGCAGAGCCCAAUUUCUCUCUUUAUGGCGUGUUAUACGACUACACAGCCAAGAGUGCCGAUGAACUGAGUGUCAACAGAGGGGAUAAGCUCUGCGUUCUCAAAGAAGAGGGGGGCUAUGUCUUAGCAAGACGGAUUUCUGGAGAACCAGUCGUGGGCUACAUCCCUGCCAAUUAUAUCAGCAAGAUCAAUCAGGAACCUCCUGUCCAGCAGUCCUGGUACAUAAGUGGGAUCAGCAGAAACAAAGCCCACCAGCUCCUUCUCUUACCCCCCAAUCAACAUGGCUCCUUCCUCAUCCGGGACAGUGAAAGUAACAGAGGAGAAUACUCUCUUUCAGUUCGGAAUCACAGCAAAGUGAGACACUUCCGGAUCUACAAGAGCCCUGGAGGAAGCUUCUACUUAGAGAAGGGGCACACAUUUCCCAGUCUGGAGCAACUCCUUGCCUAUUACACAAUCAACUGGAAGGCCAUACAGAGCCCAUUACUUCAUCCCUGUGUCCAAAAGAGGUCUUCCAAGACAGACCAGUGGGAACGUCCCCGUUCGGAGUUCCAGCUCUGGAGGAAGAUGGGGGAAGGAUGCUUUGGAGAGGUGUGGGAAGGAACAUGGAAGAACACAGUGCCAGUGGCCAUCAAAAUCAUGAAACAAGCCGACAUGAGGCACGACUUCGCAAAGGAGAUCCAGAACCUCAAGAGCCUGAAGCACACGAGACUCAUCAAGCUCCUGGCCAUCUGUUCCAUGGGUGAACCAGUCUACAUCGUCACUGAGCUGAUGAGGAAAGGGAACUUGCACAGCUACCUCAACAGUUUUGCAGGGAAGGAACUGACUACACAUCACCUGCUCAGCAUCUCUUGCCAGGUGGCUGAUGGGAUGACAUACCUGGAAGAACAGCACAUCGUUCACAGAGACUUGGCGGCCAGAAAUAUCCUGGUGGGGGACGACCUUGCUUGCAAAAUUGCUGAUUUUGGCCUCGCCAGGCUCCUCAAGGACGACAUUUACUCCACCACGAGCAACACCAUGAUCCCUGUGAAAUGGACAGCCCCGGAAGCCGCCAUCUACCAGACCUACUCACCAAAAUCAGAUGUUUGGUCAUACGGGAUUUUUCUCUACGAGGUUUUUACAUAUGGGCAGUGCCCCUAUGAAGGGAUGACCAAUCAAGAAACCAUACAGCAGAUUACCCGGGGCUACCGUCUCCCUCAUCCAAACAACUGCUCUCCUGAAAUAUACAGCAUCAUGUUAGAUUGCUGGAAGGGCAACCCGGACGAGAGACCAACUUUCCUCAGCUUGCGGGAAACACUCUUCUCCAUUUACAAAUGGGCCCAUCACCCAUUCUCUUGAAGGGAAAAUGCCAUCUUCUGGUGUUUAAAUUGGACAGUAAAUCCUACAUCUUCAAAAGGAUAGCUGCUAGAAAUACUUAGCCUUGGGGCAAAGAACAUUUCUGCAUUUGAAGUUGGACUAUAUAUGAAGGCUUUCUUCUCAGGAGGCACAGAGAAACAACCUGAUCCUGGCUAGGGAUCAGGCCCAUUCAGCUUUCCUGGCUGCAUCUGCAGAAGAUAAAUCUAUAUAGAUGUUGCACAGCUAAGAUGUCACUGCAUCUUAUGUAGUAUUCUUCUCAUGCAAGCUGCAGACGGAGAUUGCUUUACUUCAGGGGCUCUCAAACUUGUGUCCAAAGAUAUGGUUGGACCAUAUCUCUCACUCUCAGCCACAAUGGCCAUUGCAGCAGGGGUUGAUAGGGGUUGUAGUCUUAGAAGGUCUGAGGACUCAAGUUUUGAGAACCUUUGCUUUUCUUGCCAUAUGCACAGGUUGAUUAACAUUAUUCAAUAAAUGUGCGCAAAUAAACUGAACGCUGUUAUCAUGUACACAUUAAAAGAGCAAUUAAUGGCUGUCUCAUGGGCAGUCCCAUCAGAUAAGUUACCAUUGUCUCCAUUUUACAAAGGAGGAAGUGAGAGUCAAAAACAAUGGCCUUCAUACAGGAAGAGAGCACCGUGCACGUAAACAGCUUUCCACCAGCACCACCAAUGGCGGAUAUGGACUUGUAUUUUCAUCCUCAUGUAAUGUUCACCCAAGCAUGACUGAACUAUUUGACCUUUUGAGGUGAAUGGGAUACAUGUGCAGAGGUCCCAGUUGUUACAUCUGCCCAUGACAACCAUGGAUCAGGGCCAAUGUCUUGGCCCAUGAAUCAACUGUCACGGAUCAGGGCCAGUGUCUUGCCCAAGGUCAGUUAGUGGAUUUACAGGUAAAGGCUUCAAUACAGCUGUAGUCUCUUAUCACCAACAUCAACACAUGACCCAUUGGUUAACUCACUACCUCCUACAACCAAAGUUCAAUUAAGUUUGAAUACAUUUGAUUAGAUACAAAGUCAGUCAUCAGGAAACAAAAAAAUUAACCACCCUUGUAGUUGAUAAAAUCAUAAUAUCCAGGCAAAAGAAAACAGAACUUAGUCACAACAUGACUUAGAUCAAAUUUUCUCAGGACAAGGGAGUGCAUUAGCUUGCAGAUAUUUUUGCCCGGUUUCCAGUACUGUCAUGAUAAACAAUUAAAUUUGACAGAGGAUAUUUUAGUCCCAGCCAGACAGAAGGAAAAAGAUCCCCCCCCCCCCACAAUCUGAGAUCUCAGAGUGAAUAAAGGGACCAGGUAAAAUCUUCCCCUGCAAGCUUCAAACAAAGGACUGUGGCAGAAAUAAUGAUCAAUAUCUUUUACUUCUCAUUGACUGCAUGCAAAGCUAUUGGUCCAAAGGAAUUUUUGAGAUAUUGCCAGUAUUCUUACAAAAUAUGAUCACUCUUAAUAAACUUGUACUAUAAAGA